GGGAGAUUCCCGCCAUUUUGUCCCGCCCAAGACACAGCUGGCACUGCUCGGGGACUACAAGUUCCGUAAGGCCCUGCGGCGGCACUUCCUACCCCUCACUGCCUGGCCAGCUCCCUCUCACCCCCCCUCCCGGGGCCCGAAGGCUCUGGCUGCCGCUGGCGGCCGGCGGGCCAAGUAGGAUUUCCGGGGGAAACUACUGUGGAGGCUGAGGCGGCGGCUGCAGCGACCCGGAAACUAUAUCCCACCUCCCUGAACUGAUUAGUAGUGGCAUGGAAGAUCCAUUUGGAUAGGUUUUAUUCCGAAACCUGGGAACGAGACUUCUCCAGAGAACCCUGGGACAGUAGAAGAAGCAGGCCAGCCCACCGCAGAUCCAGGCAUGAUCAUGGACAGUGUGGAAGCAGGAGGAGACGCGACACCUCCCACCAAAAGGAAGAGCAAGUUCUCAGGCUUUGGGAAGAUCUUCAAGCCCUGGAAAUGGCGGAAAAAAAAAAGUAGCGAUAAAUUCAAAGAGACAUCAGAAGUUUUAGAGCGAAAAAUAUCUAUGCGAAAACCAAGAGAAGAGCUGGUUAAAAGAGGGUUUCUGUUGGAAGACUCUGAGCAGGGUGGUGAAGAGUCAGGGAAGUCGAGCCAAGUCAUGCUAAAGAAUGGCCACACCACCCCCAUAGGGAGUGCCAGACCUUCUAGUCCAGUCCAUGUAGAAGAAGAGCCAGGAAAAACAGCAAGUCUCAGGAACCCUGUUCCAGAAGAGGACCCAAAGAAGCGACUAGGCUCAACUGGAAGCCAGCCUAAUUCUGAAGCAGAGCCCGUUCCUGAGAAUGCACCCAAACAGCCUUUACUUCCCCCUAAAAGACCCUUGUCCUCUUCUCACGAAGCAAAUGAAGGGCGAGCAAAGGAUGCCCCUUCCUUGGGCAGCACAGCAAGGCCCCUCUCGUCUACCGCCACCACCAUCACCACCACUGCGCCUGCUGCCACUGUGACUGCCACAAACCUACCAAAAACUGUUCUUAAUUCCUCUGUCCCCCCUUCCCCUGCACCCAGGACUCUGCCUGCUGCUCCUGCCAACACUAACACUACUGCUACCCCAAGCCUCCCUCAUACAGUCCCGACCAAGCAGCCCCCCAUUCCUCCCCCUAAACCAACUCACAGAAAUAGCAACCCUGUCAUUGCUGAACUGUCCCAAGCAAUAAACAGUGGUACAUUGUUAUCAAAACCCUCCCCACCCUUACCGCCUAAGAGAGGCAUUCCAUCAACCUUGGUACCCACCUCAGAGUCUGCUGCUGCCACCACCACCACAAAAGCACCAAGUGAUCUGAGAGAGAAGAGCACGUGCUCUGUGGGCUCCGAACCACCGCUCACGAUCCCACCUCCGUCUCCAUCCCCCCCACUGCCUUCUCAUACACCACCAGAACCCCCGCGGUCCCCUCCCGUCCCUGCUAAGACUUUUCAAGUUGUGCCAGAAGUUGAGUUUCUACCUUCUUUAGACCUACCCCAGGAGGUUCCCCAGCAGGAAGACCAGAAAAAGGAAGUACCCAAGAGGAUGUUGGACCACGGCUCUGGAGAGCCCCAUGUGACCUCGAGGCUGCCCCCACUGCCACUGCAUAUCCGAAUCCAGCAGGCCUUGACCAGCCCGCUUCCCAUGACUCCUUCCUUGGAGGGCUCUCACAGAGCCCAUUCGCUGCUCUUCGAGAACAGUGACAACUUUUCUGAGGACAGCAAUACCCUGGGUCGCACCAGGUCACUUCCCAUCACUAUUGAAAUGCUGAAAGUUCCAGACGAUGAAGAAGAGGAGCAAAUCCGCCCAUCUGCAUUCGAUGAAAACAUGCCGCCUACCUCAGUCGUUCCUAAACUACCACAGUGCUUGCAGGAGGAAGAGGAAGAAAAGGAGAGCGACUCUGACUCAGAAGGUCCUAUUCAAUACCGAGACGAAGAGGAUGAAGAUGAAAGCCAGCAGAGUGCUCUGGCCAACAAAGUCAAGAGGAAAGACACACUGGCAAUGAAAUUGAACCACAGACCCAGUGAACCAGAGUUGAACUUGAAUUCUUGGCCUCGAAAAAGCAAAGAGGAGUGGAAUGAAAUACGGCACCAGAUUGGGAACACACUCAUCCGACGACUGAGUCAAAGACCAACAGCAGAAGAACUAGAACAACGAAAUAUACUACAACCUAAAAAUGAAGCUGAUCGUCAGGCAGAAAAACGAGAGAUUAAACGUCGGCUCACUAGAAAGCUCAGUCAAAGGCCAACUGUGGCCGAACUACUUGCCAGGAAGAUUCUGAGGUUUAAUGAAUAUGUGGAGGUAACAGAUGCUCAAGAUUACGACCGGCGAGCCGACAAACCUUGGACCAAACUGACCCCUGCUGACAAGGCUGCCAUAAGAAAAGAAUUAAAUGAAUUUAAAAGCUCAGAGAUGGAGGUUCAUGAAGAGAGCAAACAUUUUACACGCUACCAUCGUCCAUGAUGCUGAAGUUUGAGAAGAACUAAACAACCCCCGAAAACAGAGCUGCUUUGCUGCUUCAGUCUCCAGAAUGACACGGCAGGAACUUUGAGCACUUACCAGCACAGCCAGAAUUAAGUUCCCCGGGUUGUAUUUCUGGGGUGAACGGCACUUCUAUGAAUGUAGCAUUUCACUGGAAUGGAUUCUCAUGUGUUGCCUUGAGCAAAACUGAACACUUUGUCAGUGCUUUUGAACCUUUUAAUAAAGCAGCAUACUUGAGAGGUCUUCCCUUACCAGCCACCAACGUUCUGGGCCACUUGCAGGUUCGAGUUUUAUCACACCACAUCCUCUCCCCAAGACGUCUGCCUGUGCUGAGGCACGGUUCACACCGUCAGCCUUACCUGCUCUGUCCUGGUUGUGAGACCCACUUGUGGCUAAAUUCCAGUCAUCAAAUCAAUUGGUGGUGGGGAAAACCUCUGGAGCCCCCCAGCCUUUUCGCAGAGGGGCCCCCACGUCCAGGGAGAUCCUUCAUACCACACUGGCAUGUCAGUUGAAAGCAUUACACUGUGUCUCUUGUCACACAGCAAUACAGUCCUCUUCAGGUAGUCCAGCCUGAGAGAAGCUCAGGAUCUGACAUGUUCAUCCUUUUUGACAUGUCAUCCUGAUUUUUAUUAAAAAAAAAAAAAAAAAAAAUGAAAGAA